CAAACAUGAGCGUGUCAGCGGGACCCAGUGCGCGUAUAAAUACCGCGAAGCGACCCGGAGAGAGCUAGUCAUUUUGGAGAGCGCAAAGACAGCGAGGAACUCCUCAUUUCACUUCAAUCGAUAUUUAUUUAUUUAUCUAUUUAUUCUGAGCCUUGCUUUGGGAUGAACAGACUGCUUCUGAACUCCUUCUGGGUGGCAGCAUUCAGCGCACUCCUUUCAGCGCCGGGGCUCCGGGCUUCUCCAGUGGUUGAGCAGGAACCAAUCCGCUGCGCCCCGUGCUCCCCGGAGCGGCUGGCCGAGUGUCCUGCGGUUGAUGCCGGCUGUGAGGAGGUGCUUAGAGAGCCGGGCUGCGGCUGCUGCCUCGCCUGCGCGUUGAAGAGAGGAGACUCAUGCGGGAUCUACACUGCGUCUUGCGGCUCGGGGCUCCGCUGCUUGCCCAAACCUGGAGAAGCCCGACCCCUGCACGCGCUCACCCGAGGACAAGCGGUGUGCACUGAGACCCCCGAACCUGACCAGAACCAAAGCGACAACACGCCAGAUCACCCUGAGUCUCAUAACGCGCCAACGGCAGUGAAUGAGGGCAGCUCAGCGGUCUUCGUGACCGGGCACGGCAAGCCCUUCGACCCGCGGGUCAUCACUGCUAAAGAGAGCAUGAAGGCCAAAGUCAACGCAAUACGCAAGAAACUCGUGGAGCAGGGUCCUUGUCAUAUUGAACUGCAGACAGCCCUUGACAAGAUCACUAAAUCACAGCAGAAACUGGGAGACAAAAUGAACAGAUUCUACCUUCCAAAUUGUGACAAACACGGUUUCUACAAAGUCAAACAGUGUGAAUCGUCUCUGGAUGGUCAGAGGGGGAAGUGUUGGUGUGUGUCAUCCUGGAACGGAAAGAAGAUUCUUGGAUCAAGUGACCUGCCAGCAGAUGCCGAGUGUCCCGAGGAACUCAACCACUGAUCUGUCUCUCACACACAAAUAACGGGGGAUCUGAAGUGCUCAACUGAUCUCUCUCUCACACACAUACAUAUUAUACCACUGAUUUUUAUCAUUAUAUU